GAUUGUAAGAGACAGUUUUAGAGGAAGAAAAAGAUGAAAAAUAAUAUUUAAAAACCAGUGGUUUAAGCUCUGUGAGGCCACCAUACAGAGCUUCACAUUUUCGACUUUGCUUUGGUCACAGGCUAUCCUCCAAUCGACCUGUCUUCUCUCUUUCUCGAUUCAUUUUGAGUGGAACCCUAUCAAGUUGCUGAGUUUACUGCUGCUUUGUUAACAGUGAGGGAGAGAGAAUGUCAGGUGGGGGUACACAGAACAGCCUUAGAAAAGCUCUGGGAGCUCUGAAGGAUACUACCACAGUUUCAUUAGCUAAAGUUAACAGUGAUUAUAAGGAAUUAGACAUUGCUAUAAUUAAGGCAACAAAUCAUGUUGAACGCCCUGCAAAGGAAAAACAUAUCAGAGCUAUAUUCGCGGAUAUUUCAGCAACCAUGCCUAGAGCUGAUGUUGCAUAUUGCAUCCAAGCUUUGGCAAGAAGAUUAUCCAAGACUCAUAAUUGGGCAGUUGCAUUAAAAACUUUGGUUGUUAUCCAUCGUGCUUUACGGGAAAUGGACCCCACAUUUCGUGAAGAACUCGUUAACUAUGGCAGGAGAAGAAACCACAUGCUUAAUUUAGCUCAUUUUAAAGACGAUUCCAGUGCUAAGGCUUGGGAUUAUUCUGCUUGGGUACGUUCGUAUGCCUUAUUUUUGGAGGAGAGGUUGGAAUGUUUCCGUGUACUGAAGUACAAUGUCGAGGCAGAUAGUGUGAGAACCAAAGAUCUAGACACUGCCGAGUUGCUUGAGCAGAUGCCAGCAUUACAAGAGCUUCUGUAUCGCGUACUUGGUUGUCAGCCACAAGGAGCUGCAGUUCAUAAUUUUGUAAUUCAGCUAGCCCUUUCAUUGGUUGCUUCUGAAAGCGUCAAAAUUUAUCAGGCCAUCAGAGAUGGUACUGCCAAUUUAGUUGACAAGUUUUUUGAGAUGCAACCCCAAGAUGCAAUGAAAACCCUGGAUAUAUACAGGAGGGCUGGCCAGCAGACAGAAAGGCUCUCUGAAUUCUAUGAAGUUUGUAAAAGUCUCUAUAUUGGGCGUGGCGAGAAGUUUAUAAAGAUUGAACAGCCUCCUGCAUCAUUUUUACAAGCCAUGAAAGAUUAUGUACGAGAAGCUCCACGAGUUUCAGCAGCUCGUAAGGAUCAGCAGACUGCUGGUAAUAAAGUAGCUGCCCCUAAAGAAGUUCUGGCUGUUGAGCACAAGAAGGAACCAGAAGUGCAAACGGAACAACCAGUGGCACCUCCACCAGCUGCGUCUCCGCCACCCCCUGAACCAGUGAAAGUAGAACCAGUCGUGACUGAACAACCUGAUUUGUUGGGUUUGAAUGAUCCUGUAGCUGAGACCACUUCCAAUUUGGAUGAGAAGAAUUCUUUGGCGUUGGCUGUCGUCCCAGUUGCCGACCAACAAACCAGUUCUGCUCCUAGCCAAGUUGAUGGUACUACAACUACAGGCUGGGAAUUGGCACUUGUUACGGCACCAAGCUCAAAUGAAAGUGUAGCUGCUACAAGCAAAUUGGCCGGAGGGUUGGACUUGCUUACAUUAGACAGCUUAUAUGAUGAUGCAAUCAGAAGAAAUAAUCAGAGCGUGAGUUACAAUCCAUGGGAACCAGUUCCAAUGCCCGGUGCCAUGAUGCAACAGCCAAUCCAUGAUCCCUUUGUCUCUUCAACUGUGGUGACUGCACCUCAUUCAGUACAAAUGGCAGCCAUGGCCAACCAGCAGCAAGCUUUCAUAUUUCAACAGCAGCAGCAGAUGAUGAUGGCUCCUUCGCAACAGUCAAAUCCUUUCGGAAAUCCUCACGGGACCAAUGCCUACCACUACAAUCCGGGUACGCCUGUUCACGCUUCCAAUCCUUUUACUGGUCUCAUUUAAAAUCAUCCAAAGAACACUCUGAUAGAAAUGUUAAUGAUCGUAACUUCUUCAAAUGGGGGGCUGCUAAAUCUGGUGUAUACAGAUGUACAAUAUCUUGUGUAUGUGUAGUAGUUAAGUUAGCUAGGGUGAGAUUCUUUUGAUCAUAAUUAGUGAGACAGACUUUUGAUUGAUUA